GAGUAUGGACGAUCGAGAACGAGACACACAUCUGCAAUAUAAGAAAGCGGAUUCCCAUCUUUCCCCUUCUCCUCCAUUUUCAGCUCCGACGAGAAAAAGAAGAAGAAAAAAUCAAUGGGUUGCUGUGGCGGCGACGAAGACGUCGACGACCCACUUCCCAUCCUUACCCAACACCUCAACCCCUCCGUCGCCGGAACCUCUUCUGCCGGAACAGCACCCAAUUUCUCCACAAUCUCGCCGAUGAACUCCAACUUCUCCGCCCUCUCCUGCCGCGACACCCUCCACCUCAUCCUUGAGAGGCUCCCCUUGGCGGACCUUGCCAGAGCCAGCUGCGUUUCUCGUGCCUGGAACGCGGUGGCCUCCGAUGACGAGAUUACGAGGUGGGCUUUCAUGGCUCCCUGGAAAUUGAAGGAGAUCGUCGGGAAGCCGGGCUCCGGCGGGUUCUGGAGGGACAACGGGAUAGGGAAAUUCGCUGUAUCGCACAAAAUUGUCAGAGGGGAUUCCGUUGCUAGCCUCGCUGUCAAGUAUUCCGUUCAGGUAAUGGACAUAAAAAGACUGAACAACAUGAUGAGUGACCAUGGGAUAUACUCGCGUGACAGGUUGCUAAUCCCAGUUAGCAAUCCCAUUCUUCUUAUCCAUUCCACCUGCUAUAUAGAGCUGGACACCUAUGCCAAAAGGGAAGUGGCGGUACUCUACCUUACCGGUGAGCCUGACAGGAAGCUGAAUCGGCGGUUGUCAAAUAAUGCGACUUCAGAGAGAGGGCGGAAAAGGGUGCUUGAUUCGUUGAGGAGAAGCAUGCAAGUCGAUGAUGGGACGGCUCUUUACUACCUGACUAUCUCAGACGGGGAUCCUCGUGCUGCGCUCUCCGAGUUCUCGGCAGAUGUCAGGUGGGAAAGACAGGUUGGACUGGCCUAGUAGCUCAAAUCAAAUGUCUACGUUCGGUUAAUGAGAUGAAAGUUCUCUAGACUCCUUUCUCUGGUUUCUGUUGAUUCCCUGUUGUUGUUUGUAUAUGCAAUGUCUCGUGGUUAUGGCAGGGAUGCUGAAAAAUGUUAUUGUGGUUUGUGUAAGCAAGCUGAGUGAGUUGUUUGUAUUCAUGUGAAGAUACACGAUUGGAAAAAAGUUGUAUGUAUAUGUAAUAUGACGUUCUCCAUUUCUGUUGGAAUGAUUUUAGAUCAUUGUGUUCUGUUUAGGGUGGUUUGCAGAACAGGAUUUGGGUCCAUGGACAGAAAGUUAUGUUUUUCAUUUUGUUGAGAUUUCAAAUUACCAAAAUUUGGAAAUAUCAAAAUUUUCUUUCUGUUGAAA